AUGGUGGUAGAGACGCGAUCAGUUAAAAAAGCGAACGCAGCAAGUAUGGAGCAAGGCCAAUUUUCUACCGUUCAACACGGAAGCCCUACCAGCUCCACACCAACUGCUGGCGCUCAGCAGUCCGUUGGAAUUCCCAGCGGCGCCGCUAGUUCUGUUUCAGGGUCUUCAACUACUGUAAGGAGUCGUACCUUACAAAUAGAAGCGGAUUAUGCUAAAAAAAUUGCGAUGCUGGAGCGCGCUGCAUUGGAGCGUGCCAAAGAGCGCGAGCGUGUGGUAUUGGAACAAGAGCGCGCCGCUUUAGUACUACAAAAACAAGCACGUAUCGCCGCCUUGGAGGAGAGAGGUAGUAUACGUACUCGUAGUAGUCGUUCAAGUCACAUCUCUAACAGAGAGGUACGAAAAUGGUUAGACACAUGUCUAGAGGCUAUACCCUCAGUGGAAGUAAAUGAGCAACCGCAGAACAUUAAAAUUAAUACGUCCUGUAGUAAACCCACUACUAAUAGCAAUUGUUCUGCGGCAUUAGCGGCACAUUUACAAAUACCGAACAAUAGCUUUAACCCUGUGACUACCACAGAUACUCAAUAUCUUCGGCCUAUCCUAAAAGAAUCUAAUGUGGCUAAUAAUUUCGAUGUUUGCACAAGCCCGGCGAGGGCCAGUUCUAGUGCGACUAAAAUCAAACCGGUUUCCUCCACUAUUAAUAAAACCCCAAGUGAUAUAGCUUUGUUAGCAGAAGCAAUUACAUCACUUUCAAAAGAAAGUCAACACAACGUAAAAUUUGGAGAUGGUCGUCUACCUUUUUUUGAUGGCAAGCCUUUAGAUUGGUUAACCUUCAAACGUGUAUAUGACAACACGAAAUCAAGAUAUUCUGACUCGGACAACCUAACGCGUAUCAAUAUGGCGCUGCGGGGAGAGGCACAUGAUGCUGUAGCAGUACUGUUAGUCUCCGCUCAAGACCCUACUCAGGUAAUACAAGCAUUAGCAACAAGGUUUGGUAGGCCUGAACUAAUUGUUUUACAAGAAGUGGCAAUGAUGCGUUCCCUGCCAAAGGUCAACAUCGAUUGUAGUGACCUUCAUAAGUUCGCUUGUCGAGUUCGUAAUUCAGUAGAAGUAAUGAAACUUUUAGAACAACGAUGUUAUUUAGAAUCGCCAGAACUUUUUCAAUCUAUUCUUAGUAAACUCACACCUCUAUUACGGACACGUUGGGCUGACUUUGCAGCGUCUCAUUUCCAUCAAGAGGUAACUAAACUCGAGCUCUUAGCCUCCUUCCUCACUCAAGAGGUGGAUCUACAGCUCAAGUUUGGUCUCCUCAAUGAACCUAUUUAUUAUAAUCGAAGCAACAAAAUUCGUUCGGUUGCAAUUAACAAACCAUCCACGUCCAUUGUUCCAUACAUUUUUCAAUCUGAAACUCAUGAACAAUCAUCUAGUGUAACAUCUCACAAUAAAAAGAUAUGCUAUUUUUGUAAUGACGAUCAUAGCUUAUCUCAUUGUAAUAAUUUUAAGAUAUUGUCAGUUGAUGACAGAUGGAAAUUUGUUAAUGAGAAAAAACUUUGUCAUAAGUGUCUUAGAAAAGGUUCACAUAAUUAUAAAAGUUGUAAUAUUUCUAAGGAAAUCUGCAACAAUAAAAAAUGCAAUUCUAGACACCAUAAACUAUUACAUAUUGCUCAUGUGGUUGAAAGUGAGGUUGAACAUGGUGAAUCAUCUUCCACUCCUCAAUCUGGAGAACUUGAAGGUUCUGAUGAAUCAUCAUGCAAACAAACGACUGAUUUUAUAGCUCAUGCUAGUAACUCACUUCCAUUAUGCAAUGUUCAACAUCCAUGUUAUCGACCUUUCUUAAAAAUUAUAGCUGUUGAAAUCUCUGGCCCACGUGGUAGUGUGAAUACUUACGCUUUGUUAGAUGAUGGGUCAACCGCUACUUUUAUAGACUCGGAGCUCGCUGCAAAAAUUGGAGCCCGAGGACCUACUGUCAAAACUCUUUUAAAAUGUGUCGGCGGGUUAUCAAAACAUACAGAAAUAGAGUAUGUAGAUUUUAAUAUUAGAGGUUGUCAUGUUGAUAAGACGUAUCAAGUCAAGCAGGCUCGUUCUAUAAAAGAUUUACAAUUAGCUAAACAGUCUGUCUGUCCCCAAGAUAUUAGUAAAUUUUCUUACCUUUCCGAUUUGGCUUCCUAUUUAUGUUAUGAGAAUGCACAACCAAAAAUUGUGAUCGGUAUCGAUAACUGGCAUCUUACCAUACCGCAAUCCAUACGGAAAGGUACGAGAACGCAACCAGCUGCAAUUAACACUGCUCUUGGUUGGGUUUUAUUCGGUUUUAGUAGUAGUAAAACUAGUCCAGUUGAUUUAGUGAAUCAUGUUCAGUGUAAUGAAACAGAUUUUAACAAGACAGAUUUAUUGGAAAAUCUUAUAAAAAAUUAUUACAAGUUGGAUUCGAUAGGAAUUACUAAGAAAGAACCGCGUAGUGCAGAUGAUGAACGCGCUAUUGAAAUUUUAGAACGUACAGCUAAUCGUCUUCCGUGCGGUAGAUUCGAAGUCGGUUUAUUAUGGAAAUCUAAUAAUCCUGUCAUUCCUAACAGCUAUCCUCUUGCUUUAUCGCGUUUUUUAAGUCUUGAAAAGAAAAUGAUCAGUGAUCCUACUUAUGCUGAGCGUUAUAAACAAAAUAUUCGCGAUCUCGUUACUAAAGAUUAUGCUGAGAAAUGUCAAAAUGAACCUUCUUCUAAUUCUGUAUGUUGGUUUUUACCUCAUUUUGGCAUAAUAAACCCCAAUAAACCGGCAAAACUACGAGUAGUACACGAUGCUGCCGCAAAAAUCAAAGGUGUUAGCUUAAAUUCACUUCUACUUACGGGUCCAGAUUUAUUGCAAUCUUUAAUCGACAUUUUACUUCGUUUUAGAGAGGGUAAAGUAGCUAUGACUGCAGACAUUAAGGAAAUGUUCCCUAGGUUCAAAAUUAUCGAACAGGAUAGAGAUGCUCAAAGAUUUCUCUGGCGCGACAGCCCUACUGAUCCUAUAGAAACCUAUAGAAUGUCAUCAAUGAUCUUCGGAGCAGUUUCUAGCCCCUUUACAGCUAUGUAUAUGAAAAAUAAAAAUGCUCUAGAGUUUAAAGAUCAAUAUCCCGACGCGGUUCAUGGUAUUAUAUACGAUACUUACAUGGAUGAUUAUAUCGGUUCAGUAGAUUCUAGUAGUGAUGAAGCAGCUCAGUUGGCGGCAGAUAUUGUCAACAUUCAUGCGCGCGCAGGCUUAGAGAUGCGUGGAUGGGUAUCCAAUGACCCUAAAGCGCUCCGUCUGUUGCCAAAUCAUCUUUUAUCAGAAUCGGUAUCUAAUAUUAACCUAAACUUAGCGAAUUUUCCGUCGUCUACACCAUGCAUCCGCGCUCUAGGAUUAUACUGGCACCCAUCUAGCGACCUUAUAGGCUUUAACACUUCUAUUAAAAGUAAUCAAGAAACUUUGCCUAGUUCGCUUACUAAACGUAUUAUAUUGUCUUUAAUUAUGCGAGUCUUCGAUCCAUUAGGAAUCCUCGCUCCAGUUGUUAUUCGCGGUCGUAUUUCAAAACGUUUGGCGUUGAAACCAAAUCAAAUAGAGUUGCACGUCUUUGCCGAUGCCAGCGCUCAGGCUUACGCAGCGGUGGCAUAUUGGCGCUUCGUUUAUCCUAAUGGAGACGUACAACUUGCAUUGAUCUGUAGCAAGUCACGUGUAGCGCCUUUAAAACCAUCUAGUAUUCCUAGAUUAGAGUUGCAAGCUGCAUUAAUAGCCGCACGUCUAGCUACAACCAUCGUAGAAGCAGUCAAAUUUAAACCACUUAAGCGCACAUUUUUGUGCGAUUCGAUGAACGUUUUGGGUUGGCUUCGUAAUGAUGCACGAUCAUACAAGACAUUUGUAGCUCAUAGAGUAGGUGAGAUAAUAGAACUUUCAGAUGUUAGUGAGUGGCACUGGGUUCCAACCGCUUAUAAUGUUGCCGAUGAUUCAACACGUUUAAGCCGAGGCCCUUUAACUUCAGACUCACGCUGGAUAAAAGGACCUGAAUUUCUUCUAACUUCUGAUUGGCCUAAGGAACCUGCUAUUUCCCAUAAUCAAACCAUCCAUACUAAUACACCCGAGACUCACAUACAUCUCAUUAACGAAAUUGAGUCGAAUAAGCCAAUUUCAGCAGACGCACAACGUUUUAGUUCGUGGAAUCGUUUAAUUCGUGCCACAGCAUAUGCUCAUCGUUACUUAUCAUUGUUACGUCUUACUUCAUUAAGAAAAAAAGGCCUGAAUAUAGAACUCAUUCAUAAAGUAGAAGGCCGCAUUUUUUCUUUUCGUCCGCCAUCCAACUCAAACGUCGAUCGACAACGCAAUACAAUACGUAGCACACUUACCGCGGAAGACUUACAUUUGGCAGAAAUUCAUGUGCUACGUAAAAGUCAAUUAGAUUCUUUCUCAUAUUCAAAACGGUUUACCCGUGUCACACCGUAG